AUGCAUUUCAGCAUCGCCACCGUUGCCGCUGCGGCUUUCGCCUUUGGCAGCUUCAGCAACGCUCAUCUGAUCAUGAAGACUCCCGUCCCGUUCGGUGUCGACAGUCUCAACAACUCUCCCCUCAACGACGCAAAGCCUGGCACCAGCGGCUCGGACUACCCUUGCAAGCAGCGUCCUGGGGUCUACGACAUCACCAAGAUGAACCACAUCGCAGUCGACACGCCGACCGAGAUGAGCUUCGAAGGCUCCGCGUCGCAUGGAGGUGGUACUUGCCAGAUCGCCAUCACGAAGGACAAGGAGCCAACUGCAAAUUCCACCUUCAAGAUCAUCCAGGUGUUUGAGGGGGGGUGUCCCGUCAGCUCUGAUGGAAAUGGUGGGACUCAUCCAUUCUCUUUCAGCAUCCCGAAAGACUUUCCAAAUGGCGUGAUGACCCUGACAUGGCUCUGGUACAAUCGCAUCGGCAACCGUGAGGCUUAUCAGAACUGCGCGCCCAUCACUGUCACUGGUGGGUCGGACAAUGACGAUUAUUUCGACUCGCUUCCAAACAUGUACCUCAUCAACUUGCCGACUUCAGAAUGCCAGUCGACUCAAGACUACGCAUCCAACUCGGUCAAGAUCCCACAUCCCGGUCAAUUCUUCAUGCAAGAACCAGCUGGCCAGGACAUCGCGCCAGCGUCGGGUCCUCAAUGCGCUGCUUCCGCUGCCGCGAUGACUGAGGGUGUAUCCGGAUACAAGGCUUCACCAAUCAUCACGACGAACGGAGCUGCCUAUUCAGCUCCUGGUGGCGCGGCGGCUCCAGAACCCAGCGCAGCACCGUCUGGAAGCUAUGGCGGUUCGGCUGCGCAACCUAGUGCGGCACCUUCUGGAAGUUAUGGCGGUUCUUCAGCAGCGGCCGGCGGCUCAUCGGCGCCUGGUGGCUAUUCUGCUCCUGCUUCGUCUGCCGCGGUUCCAUCUUCCGCCCCCGCAGGUUCGGGAUCACCGUCCGGUAUGGUCACGAUCUCGUACGGCGCUUCCGGUGGUGCUUCGAGCGCUGCUGCCGGCUCUUCCGCACCUGCCUACUCAGCACCAGCAGCCUCCGGCAGCGCUCAGGCACCUUCAGCAGCCUCUGGCAGUGCUCAGGCAUCUUCAGCGGCAGCAGGAACUGCCUACCCAAGCAUGGCUCCUUCGUCUGGAGCUAGUGUCGCAGGGCCAUCCAGUGCGGCGGCCAGCGCACCUCCAAGCUACGGAGCUUCGAGCGCGGCGGGAGCAUCUCCAUCUGGCGGUGCUUGCUCGUCAAGUGGCAUGGCUUGCUCAGACGAUGGGAAACAGUUCGGUCUUUGCGCCAAUGGGAAGGAGGUCUGGCAGCCGGUGGCUGCUGGCACUUCUUGCAAGGGUGGACAGAUUGUGAAGAGGAAUGACACGAGAGACGUACACCUUCGUCGGCAUGCGAGGGCUGUGCACAGGCACGUGUCUGAGAGUCGUGAAGGGAGAGCAUAG